GGCUGGGAGGUCGGGUGUGCAGCGCUCUGCCGCUCCGUGUGUUUCCCGAAAAAACCCCGCUCCCAGUUGUGGCAUAACCCUAAACUGGGGAGGUAGGGACAUGGUAGGGCAGGCAGGGCGCUUUCACCCUUCUCCACCCGGGGGCGGUUGAGCGAACGGUGCCCGCGGACGGUGGACGGAUUCGGAACGCGCCUUCUUCCCCUCCCCCUCGGACCCCAGCCGCCUUGUGGGCAAAUCUGGGCGUUACGGUCGUCGUGUGGAUCUGCUUUAGGUCAUAAGCAAUCCUUCUCUGCCAUGCUUCUCUGCCUUGGAACCAGCUGACUAUGGACUCAAACCUCUACAAACUUGCUGAAACUAUUGAAAGAUGGCAGAAGAAGUGGUAGUAGUAGCCAAAUUUGAUUAUGUGGCCCAACAAGAACAAGAGCUGGACAUCAAGAAGAAUGAAAGAUUAUGGCUUCUGGAUGAUUCUAAGUCCUGGUGGCGAGUGAGAAAUUCCAUGAAUAAAACAGGUUUUGUGCCUUCUAACUAUGUGGAAAGGAAAAACAGUGCUCGAAAAGCAUCUAUUGUAAAAAACCUAAAGGAUACCUUAGGCAUUGGAAAAGUGAAAAGAAAACCUAGUGUUCCAGAUUCUGCGUCUCCUGCUGAUGACAGUUUUGUUGACCCAGGAGAACGUCUUUAUGACCUCAACAUGCCUGCCUAUGUGAAAUUUAACUACAUGGCUGAGAGAGAAGAUGAAUUAUCAUUGAUAAAAGGAACAAAAGUGAUUGUCAUGGAGAAAUGCAGUGAUGGGUGGUGGCGGGGUAGCUACAAUGGACAAAUUGGAUGGUUCCCUUCAAACUAUGUAACUGAAGAAGGUGACAGUCCUUUGGGUGACCAUGUGGGAUCACUGUCAGAGAAAUUAGCAGCGGUUGUCAGUAACCUAAAUACUGGGCAAGUGUUGCAUGUGGUACAGGCUCUUUACCCAUUCAGUUCAUCCAAUGAUGAAGAACUUAAUUUUGAGAAAGGCGACGUAAUGGAUGUUAUUGAAAAGCCAGAAAAUGACCCGGAGUGGUGGAAAUGCAGGAAGAUCAAUGGUAUGGUUGGUCUGGUGCCAAAAAACUACGUUACCAUUAUGCAGAAUAACUCAUUAACUUCAAGUUUUGAACCACCACCUCCGCAAUGUGAUUAUAUUAGGCCUUCACUUACUGGAAAAUUUGCUGGCAAUCCUUGGUAUUAUGGCAAAGUUACCAGACAUCAAGCAGAAAUGGCAUUAAAUGAAAGGGGACAUGAAGGAGAUUUUCUCAUCCGUGAUAGCGAAUCUUCGCCAAAUGAUUUUUCAGUAUCACUAAAAGCACAAGGGAAAAACAAGCAUUUUAAAGUCCAGCUAAAAGAGACCUUCUACUGCAUUGGGCAGCGUAAAUUCAGCACCAUGGAAGAACUUGUAGAACAUUACAAAAAGGCACCAAUUUUUACAAGUGAACAAGGAGAAAAGUUAUAUCUUGUCAAACAUUUAUCAUGAUACUGCUAAUCAGAAGUGACUGUUAAUACAGCUUAUUCCUCAUGUCAUUGAAGACUGAGAAAAUGUUGGUCCAAUCCUGCUUGAUUGGAAAUUGCUGUUUCUAACUCUGUAUGAGAAUUGAUCAUAAUACAUAAAUAUUUUUGUUAUCAUUCAGCCCAUACA